CCUGUUAGCUCAAAACCAAAACAGAGGUUUGUUUUCGUCUCAAAUCCUCAAAAGAAGUCGGAUAUUUAACUCCGGUAGUGCCUUGACCGUGUCUGGUGGAUUUACCUGCUGUCUGCCUGUGCUUGUCAGACGACUGAGAGGAAGAUAAAACAGCUAACCGACUAAAAUGGAGGAUCCUGGGGGUACAAAAGGAGAGUCAGCAGCUCCAUCACCAGCUGGCACACCUAAGUCUAAGCUGGACACACUGUCCAAAGAUGACCUUAUCAAGUUUUCCAAGAAGCAAAUGGCAGCUUUGCAAAAGAUGAAGAGCAGAUGUACAGAUUUAGAGAAAGAGGUCGAAUCCAUUAAACAGCACUCCAAAAACAGUAACAGCAGUUCAGAUGACUCCACGCUGAUACAGGAGCUUACUGAGAGGAUGGAUGCAUUACUCCUGGAAAAGGCAGAAACUCAGCAAAGCCUUGCAUUAUGUCGUAAGGAUUUAGAGAAGACUAAGCAGCAAGCCAAGGAUGAUGUGGUAGUGCUGCAAGGAGAGCUUGAUCGUGUUAAAGAAGACCACCAAAGAAAGAUGGAGACACUCGAGAGCAGCAUCGAGGAAUCCAACAAAAAACAUCAAGAAGAAGUGGUGUAUUUUCAGAAACUAUUGAAAGAGCGAGAGGAGAUUGACAGGGAGAGGGAGAGUGAAAGAGAAAGGGAGCGUCUACAUGCAAGUGCCAAAGAGAGUGCAGAAGGGAUCCAGCAUAGCUUGGAAGCUCAGCUUGAAAAUCUUCGAGCUGAACUUGAAACGAUCCAAGAAACAAAAUCUCAGGAGACUGCUGAGCUGCAGGAGAGCCACCAGAGGGAGUUGACCAAAGCCCAGCAGGAGGUGGAGAACCUGAAGGAGGAGCUGGCUCAGAAGGGCCUGCAGCAUGAGGAGGAGAUGAGGGCUCUGGAGGAGGACUGUGAGAUUGAGAGGGAGCGUCUCCUGUUGCUGCACGAGGAGCUGACGGAGCAGCUCGCUCUCAAAGACAGCUACCUGCAGGAUGUGCAAGAGGAAGACGAGGAACCAGGCCGUGGUUCAGGGAUCGCCAGAAUGCUGGAGCUGUCUGCAUGCAGUCAGGGUGACUCCAGCCAGGGUGACGGAGAAGAGACAGAGACUGGAAAAGUGAGAGCAGCCAUGGAAGAUCUCCAAGCCCAGAACACAAUGUUACAGGAUGAACUCACCCUGCUCAGUAAUGUGAAGAUUGAGCUUGAAGCAGAUCUAGAGAGGGCCAAGGAGGAGUUCCAGAUGGAGAGAGAGGAGAUGGAGUUCAAAAUCAAUGAGUUGCAGAUGAAUCGGGAAAUUGUCUCCUCUGACCCGACAGUAAUCCAAAAUCACAUGAACACUGACCCUGACCAACAAGAGAUCCAAGGAGAAUUCCAACAAGAUGGUGAAGCACACAAAUAUGGAGAGGAUGCUGUCCCAUCCAAAGAGUCAGCAGUCACUCCUGUCCAAGACCAAAACCUCUUGAAUCCAGAGGAGCAACAGAAGCUGAACCAGGAGCUGAAGGCCCAGUGUGAGGCCUUGACAAAAGAGAGAGACUCUGCCUUAGCUGAUUGCCAGCACACGAGGGACAUACUGCAAAGUUUUGAGACAGAAUUGGGUCAGAAGACUAAAGAUUUUGUUCUUCAGUACAAAGCCAUGAAAGAGCAGGGGGCUAAUACUUUACAGGACCUCCAAGACAAGCUUGAACAACUUAGUCAGGAGCGGGAUGGACUGUUGGCGAGGGUCAAAGAGAUUACAGAGGAGAAAAACACUCUGAUGGAGGAGGUGCAAGACCUAAAGACGAAGUUUGAAGGUUCCGCAGGUGAGGACCAGAAACUCCAGGCCAGUGUGGAAGAGCAAACAGUUUUAGCACGUGAGCUGAAGCAGUCUGUGGAAGAACUAACCAGGCAGAAUGAGGAGAUCCUCUCCCAGCUGCAGGCGAAGGAAAACUUGGCUCAAGACCUGAGAGAGAUGGUUAAUAUGCUGACUGAAGAGCGAGACAAAAUACAAUCCCUGCUUCAACUUCGAGAAGAGGAAGUGCAGAAGCUUAACAAUGAGAGAGCACAGGAAACCGAGAGGCUGCAGGAAGAGAAAGAGGCACAUUUACUGAGAGAGGAGAAAGACAUGGAGUUGGAAAGAUUGAAAAUAGAGAGGGAGGAUGAAGUGCGACAUUUAAGAGAGGAGAGAGAAAAAAUAGAGGCAAGCCUCAAAGAGGAAGUGGGAAGAAUGCAGGUGACAGUUUCCACUUUAGAGCAGACUAUCAAAGACAUCUCUGCAGAAAAGGUUGAACUUAAUCAAAAGUUGGAAGAGACACACUCAGGGCUUUCCCAAGCCAAGGAAGAGAGGCAGCUUUUGGGCUCCAAGCUGGCGGCACUGGAGGCUCGUAUAGAGCAGGAGACAUCUGAGAAGCAGCACCUAGAGGCAAAGUUGAAUUCACUGACAGAGGAGGCAGAGGAGGCCCGCAACACUAUUAGCUCACUGGAGGAAAAUAAGUCUGAAGAGCUAAAAAACACAAAGGAAGAGGUGGAGGAGCUCCGUAUACGCGUAGAUGAGCUGGAAAAGGAGAGGAACCUGUUGAGGAGUAGCCUUGAAGAAGCUCAAGGAGAAGUAAGAUUAGAAGAAGUGCAAAAUGAGCUCCAGGCUCGUAUCAAGGACCUGGAACAGGAGAGGAACAUGUUGAGAAACAACCUGGAGGAGGUGGUGAGGGAUACUGAAGGGCUACAGAAAGACCUGGAGGAUAUGAAGUCAGUCAAUGAGAAGAUUAGUAGUGAGAACCAGAAUUUACAGGCCCAAAUUUCACUUGUGUCUCAAGAGAAAGAAGAGGAGGAGAAAGGGGAAAUGGACAAUAUGGAAAAAGAAAGGCAAGAACUUAAAGAGCAGCUGAUGGAGAAGGACACGCUCAUAUCUCAGUUGAGGAGCGAGAUGGCUGCUCUCCAGGACUCUGCUGCCCAGUCUGCUUCCUCUGAGGAUACUGUAGCCAUGGAAAUUGCAAACAAAAUAGGUCUCCUGGAGAAAGAAAUCAAAGAAAAGGAUGAGAAGAUGAACAAAAUCAAGGCAGUUGCAGUCAAAGCGAAGAAAGAGCUGGACAACAGUAAGAAAGAGGUUGUAACCCUCAAGGAGGAAAUAGCAUCACUGAAAGCACAGAGAGAGAAAGUGAGCAGCUCAAUGAAAGAUAUCAUCCAUGGUGCUGAAGGCUACAAGAACCUGCAGAUAGAUUACGACAGGCAAACAGAGCAACUGGAUAAGGAGAGAGAGAAGGUGGAGGCGGCAGAGAGACAGAUUGCUGAGCUGACCAAACGACUCAGCAGUGCUGUCACACAGACGGAGCUGCUGACCAGUGAGAAGGAGGACCUGCUGGCCGGUAUGGAGACCACACGCAGCACACUGAAGCAGCUUGAAGCCCAUAACCAGGAGUUGCAAAAACGGUCAGCAAGUCUGGACAGAGACCUGCUGGCUGAGAGAGCUAUGAAAGAACAGAAGAUGAAGGAGUUGUCAUCUGCCACGACAGAGGUAGAAGAGCUGACAGCCCAGCUCCGCAAGCAGCAGCAGCAGUCUCAGCAGACUGCCCAGGAGCUAGAGCAGCUACGCAAGGAGGCGCAGCAGAGCUCCCUGCUAGACAUGGAGAUGGCCGACUACGAACGUCUGGUUAAAGAACUCAACACUAAACUCUCAGAGAGAGACGAGUGUGCUGAGGAGUUGAAGUCUCAGAUAAACACACUGAGCCAGAAGGAGGAAACGCUGAAACAGGAAAUCGAGGCUUUGAAGUCCCAGCUGGACCAGGGGGAGGACAAGACCUCCAAGAUCAAACAGCUGCUGGUGAAGACCAAGAAGGACUUGGCUGAUGCCAAGAAACAGGAGAGCUCCCUAAUGGUGCUGCAGGCCUCUUUGAGAGGAGAGCUGGAGGCUAAUCAACAGCAGCUAGAAAGCUCCAAGAUUGAGGUGUGUGAGCUGACAGGCGAGCGCCAUCGUCUGCAGGAGCAGCUGAGGUCUACGUUGGAACAACAACAAAGAAGCAGCAACUCUCUGCAGCAACGCAUUAACAGCCUGCAGCAGGAGAGAGAUGAUGCUAAGGCUGAGCUUACAGCAACUACAGAGGAGUUUGAGAGUUACAAGGUACGGGUUCACAAUGUGCUCAAACAGCAAAAGAACAAAACCAGCACCCAGAGUGAAGGAGACUCCAGUAAACUAGAGAGGGAGCAGUUGACCUCUGAGCUAGAUCAGCUGAGGUCUCGGCUGGUAGAGAGUCAGCAGAGCCUCCAGAGCAGCAUAGCAGAGCUGCAGCAGCUCCAGAAUGAACACGACACUCUGCUAGAAAGACACAACAAGAUCCUCCAGGAAAAUGUUAGCAAGGAGGCCGAGCUCCGCGAGAGGCUGUUAUCAGUGCAGUCGGAGAACGUGACUCUGCGGUCAGACCUGUCUCAGGCUCAGACUGACCUGUCCUCCCAGAUCGAGACCCAGCGUCAGACCUACAGGGAGCAGCUGAGGAAGCUGCAGGACGAGCACCGAGCCACUGUAGAGACCUUGCAGGGCCAGCUGACCCGCGUCGAAGAACAGCUGUUCAACCUGCAGAGCCAGAACAACUCAGCCAUGGUCCAGUCCAGCCGGAAGUCCUUGUCAGACCUUCAGCGGAGAAAUACAGAUCAGGCAGGUCUGGGACUAAUGAACCUCAGUGACCUCCAGUCUAUGGCCAGGGAGGAGGGUGAGGGCAUGGAGACCACUGAGAACGAGAGCCCCUCCCCUGCACUUACACCUUUACCCUCUCUGGAGCAGCUUCUCACAUCCCCAGACCCCAAACAAGAGCCGUUUGUGUGGACGUUGGAGCCCACCAAGGAAGAGCUGAGUCAAAAGCUCAACACAGCCACACGCAGUAUGGAGCACAUGAACACCCUCCUGCAUGAAACUGAGGCCACCAACGCCGUUCUCAUGGAGCAGAUCACUUUGUUGAAGAGUGAAAUACGUCGUUUAGAGCGAAACCAGGAGAGGGAAAAGAGUGUGGCCAACCUGGAGUACCUGAAGAACGUCUUGCUGCAGUUCAUCUUUCUGCAAUCUGGCAGCGAAAGGCAGGCGCUUCUUCCUGUCAUUCACACCAUGCUACAGCUCAGUCCAGAGGAGAAAAGCAAACUGGCUGCCAUUGCACAAGGUGAAGAAGAAGCAGCCGGGUCUCGGGGCUCGGGCUGGACCUCUUAUCUCCACAGCUGGUCUGGGAUCAGAUAGACUUGAUGACCAACCAACUGCGCAAAAAGACUUGGAGUAUAGUGCUAUGAAGUUACUGGGCCAAUUUCUGUGAAAACCUGUACUGAGCAGUGAUACGCCAACAAAUAACUUGUAGAUUAACUCGGGGCAUUCUUAAUAUAUUGAGGGGAGGGGCACACCAGAAGGGACCAAGGAAUGUAUAAAUGAAAAAUUAGGAAGUGUUUGAGAGAGAUAAUGAAAACCAAAACGUUUGACAGGUUCAUUGAUUUGAAUUUGCAGUGCAAUAGAUACAUACGUCUCUUACCAAUGAAUGUUAAUGGUUACACAUUUCUGUCUUCCUUAAUAUUGACGCAUGUAUUGAUAAUAUAACAAGAUUUACUGGACAUGAGGUUUAACUUCCUCCAAGGGCAUUGUAAGACAUUAGCACACUGAAAACAUUGUGGGAGCAUAUAUAUCAUAUCAUAUAAUGUUAUAAUCAGAUAUACAAUGUGCACAAAUUAUGGGAGCAGGAAUCAACUAAAGGGUAACUGAGUAGUUAAUGGUAUGAUAUUAACUUGAAUAUAAUUUUCCGAUGUUUGAUUACAUUGCAAGUGGCAUUUUCUUGCACUUCUAAUGGGCUUUUAUACUGUGUAGCACAGUACACUUAAAAGACUUUACAGGUGUUUUAGCUCUUUUGGUAAAAGAAGUCUUACAUACUUACAUUUCUUUCAACUAGUUUCAAAGCUGUACUGUAAUGUCUUCAUUUUUUGGUUGUGGUGUUACUACCCAAGAGGCAGCUGUUGCUUCCCUUACACAUUAUGAUAUCAACAUACAUCACAAUAAACCUCAUUUCUGCCUUAAUUUCUUUUGGCAGUUGCUGUCCAGAAGAUAGAAAAAAAUUACAUCCAUAAUAAUCGACAUGCUUUUGAGAGAGAUCAGCAGUGGUAUCACGUAUGUGUGAUUUAGUUAUUCAGCUUAAACAGACUAAAGCACUGGUACAGUCCAGUCUGUCUUAUCAUAAUUCCACUUGAAAUACAAAGGAGUUCAUAUCUAACAUUCUCAGACUCACCUGACCAACAUGACUGACAGGACAUUAUCAUAUUAGAGUGUUUCUACACUUCCUGACUGAUCUUGGUAGUGUCUUUAAUGCCUCAACAUGCUGAAAUCAUUAGCAGUUAUACAGUUUUCAUUCAUUGAGUUGUAAUCUAUCAUAUCCUCUAGAGAUGAAUGUUUUGUGAUUUGUUCUUUCUGUUCUGGUUACUGUGUAAUUUGUUGUUACUGUUUUGCUGUGGUUGUUAUUAUUUAAUAUCAAGUUAUUGUUUUAAUUGAUUCUACAUCUGUUUUGGGAAUACUUUUUUUGUCAGUUGUUGUUUCUGCUUCAUCUGCACAGGUUUCUUGUUGAAGGUCGAUCCCAAUGACAGCUACUACAUCCACUCUGAUAAAGUGUCAUUGAAACAGACCAAUGGAUGCAGCUUUUUAGUGUCUGACCGUGACCUCUGACCUCUCUAUGGAGGUUGGUGGGGGGAAAGAAAAGAUUUAUAUUUAUGAUUGUUAAUAUAAGCAGAAGCUAUAAGCGAUUACGGUAACCAGGGUAUGAAUUUAACUUUUUUGUCCACCAGCUAAAUGUUGAAAUCUUACCAGUCACUCAAUAGAAAGCCAUUGUUUUAUUUGCUAAUGAGUGAAUCAAACAACCACUUACAUAUUUUAACAGCUUUUGACCAGUGGCUUGUGCUAAUUUUGUGCCCUGCUGGUAUCUAUGAAAUCUUACCUGUAUAAGAAUGGAUUAGCAAUAACAACAUACAAAUUCAAGUUGCUUCCAUGUUUGACUUUUGUAAAGUGAAACUUAAAGCUUUUUUUAAAAAUCAUGAGGUAACAACUUAAUUCUUGUUUUUUUUCUAGAUUAUUUUCAACUACAAACUAAUGAAUUCAAUAUAAAUGAUAAUACUUCCAAUUACUUUCCAUUCAACCUGGCAUAUUCAGUCAUUAGAGUGCAUUUUGAUAUUAAACUUUGCAC